AUGGAAGACGGCGGGUUUCAUACGGACGGUGGCCAUUUUACGAACAUUCCUGUACUGGACUAUGACCAGACAACCCAGCCGAACGCUAGGCAGGAAUUUUUGGCACGGCUCCGAGAAGCCCUGGUAAAUGUCGGGUUUUUGUAUCUCAAAAAUCCCCCGGUCCCAAUUGAUGUGCAAGAGACACUGGUUCAGAAGGCGAAGGAGAUGUUUGAAUUGCCUUUGGAAAAGAAGCAGCAGCUCGAGAUGGUCAACAGCAAACAUUUCCUGGGAUAUACUCCUCUCGGGAAUGAGAAGACAAUUGGCGAGACUGACCACCGCGAAUCAUUUGAUUUUAGCACCGAAUGCUUACCCCCAAGUCCCGAGGAGCCGUUGUAUUGUAAUCUUCGUGGGCCUAAUCAGUGGCCCAGCGAAUCUGACGUUCCCGGUGGCCGAGACGCCGUUGAAGCCUAUCUGAGCGCCAUCGGCCACCUAGCGGACGACUUCAAAAUCCUUAUCGCUGAAGCUCUUGAUAUGCCAUCGACAAGCUUUGUGGGAUUUUUCGACAAUCUCACUCAGAACAAACUCAAGCUCGUUAAAUACCCCCCACCGAAGCCGUCUUAUUGCGAGGAAUUGGAUCAUACACGUCAAGGUGUUGGGAUUCAUAAAGAUGCAAGCUUCCUGACCUUCUUGCUACAGGGGACUUCCCAUUUAGGCCUUGAGGUUCAGAACAAAGGCGGCAGAUGGAUACCUGUACCCCCAAUUCCCGGCACGUUGGUGAUCAACAUCGGGCGAUCGCUUGAAGCUAUCACCCACGGAUUAUGCACUGCCACCACUCACCGCGUCAACCUGCGACCCGAAAAUUUCCUAGACCGUGUCACAAAGCAAUCACUUGGGCCUCGAUACUCCUUUCCUGUCUUCCAAGGAUUGGCUCUGGAUCUCACCCGAGCCAAGAUGAAUCUGGAAAUUCCACCCCAUAUUCGGGACUUGAAUAAAAAUAUCCAGGUCAAGUCAGAUGCCGAGAGUUAUUUGAACCACAUUUUCCAGGGAUGUAUUGGGCAGGGCAGCUUUACCGCCCGUCUAGCUGCCCAUCCGGAUGUCGGCCGUCGGUGGUACCCAGAUUCCAUGGAGCGAGUUUUGGAGGGCCAGAGAACAAUCAUGAACUGA